AUCGACACUACAGCUGGUUCCAGGUGUCCCGAACUUGCCCGCCCCCGAACCCAACAUUUCUUCCCUCUCUUGUCGACAUCCCCUUCAUCCCUCCUCCCCUACCACCCUCUUCUUUCCUCCUUCCCCAUAAUCUCAUUUAUUCAUUGGUCUGCUGUUCAGUUAUAUUUCCUCAACACAACAGCUAUGGCAUCUCCACCUCCAGGCGCUGCACCUUAUGGCAAUCCAAACCAACAUGCCUACCAACAAGGUUAUGCCCAACCAGAUCCCCACGGUCAACAACAGCAACAAUCUCCUCCUGCCACCGGAGGCCACGGCCAAGCCCCGCCCUAUGUUAAGCAGGCUUAUGGCCAACCCGCUCCAACUCAGCAAGCCUCUGGCCCCCUUCCACCGCCCGGUUCCGCACCGGCUCCCCAUGGAGGGCGGGGCAAGAGACGUGGGUAUGCAGAGGAGCAAUAUGAUUUUGGCGCUGGCGCAAAUGCGGGCCUCUCACCCGCCCAAAAUCCUCUUUACGCAGGCCAGUCAAUGGGUGGUUAUCCGAAUACAUCGGAGCAGCAACAGAGCCAAUUUGUUUCACCUAUGGGGAGUGCACCUCCUGCGAUGGGAGCUCAAGGAGGCUAUGGCAUGCCACAGGGAAUGUCUGGUGCCGGUGCAGGAAAUAUCGCGGCAGGAGGAUACGAAUCUGUGGGAGCAUCUGGAAUGGGUGGUGUCACUCAGAGUUUUGGACAGAUGGGCUUGACCCCCGCCGGAGGCAUUCAGAAAGUUCAAUCGCUCAAUACGCUUUUCACUAUAGAUCUGAUGCAGCAGCCAUUUAACGUGGCCGAGUUGGAGAUUGCCCCGCCAGAAAUAAUUUUACCUCCUAAUGUAUGAUCCGCCUACAAAUUUAAAGAAAUCUAUAUUGAUACUUUUCGCAGGCUUCCCUCACAACUUCCCCUAAUGCAAAUUGCCCACCUCAAUAUAUGCGUUCCACCAUCAAUGCUGUUCCAACCGCUCACGGCCUCCUGAAAAAGUCUAAGCUUCCAUUCGCUCUUAUCAUCCAGCCCUAUACCUCUCUCCACGAUGCCGAAGAUCCAGUCCCUCUUGUAUCUGAUACAGUUAUAUCCCGUUGCCGGCGCUGCAGAUCGUACAUCAAUCCAUAUGUAACAUUUUUGGACCACGGCCAUCGCUGGCGCUGCAAUAUGUGCAACCUUAGCAAUGACAUUCCGCAGGCUUUCGACUGGGACCAAGCAGCACAAAAGAAUUUGGACCGAUGGCAACGGCCCGAACUCAACUCCAGUGUCGUGGAAUUUAUUGCGCCUCAGGAGUACAUGGUUCGCCCUCCACAGCCACUGGUUUAUCUUUUUCUUCUGGACGUUAGCUAUAGUGCUGUUCAGUGUGGCCUUCUUGCAACAGCUGCUAGGACAAUUCUUGAAAGCUUAGAUCGAAUACCGAAUGCAGACAGGCGAACAAGGCUAGGGUUUAUCUGUGUUGAUAGUUCAUUGCACUAUUUCGCCAUUCCGAGGGACAGUUCGGAGCCGAGCAUGCUCGUUGUUUCUGACUUGGACGAGCCAUUCCUUCCAAUCCCGGGUGACUUGUUGGUUCCAUUGGCCGAGUGUAGGGAAGGCAUUGAGAACCUAUUAGGGAAACUCCAGGAUAUGUUCCAGAACUCGCAGAAUGGCUCGAGCUGUAUGGGUAGUGCCCUACAGGCAGGACACAAGUUAAUUUCAGCUAUUGGAGGUAAAAUAAUUGUUUUGACAGCAACAUUGCCCAGUUUGGGAGCCGGAAAAUUGGAGAACCGGGAGGACAAAAAGCUUCUUGGGACCAGCAAGGAAAGUUCAUUAUUACAGACAGCCAACAGCUUUUACAAGUCGUUUGCGGUGGAAUGUUCCAAGAACCAGGUAUCCGUCGAUAUGUUUUUAUUCUCAAACAGCUAUCAAGAUGUCGCCUCACUCAGUAAUCUGCCCAGAUACACCGGCGGUCAGACCUACUUCUAUCCGGGUUGGAAUGCCACCAGAAGCGAAGACGCCAUCAAGUUCGCAAGAGAGUUUUCAGACCAUUUAUCGGCCGAGAUAGCACUCGAGGCCGUAAUGAGAGUCAGGGCUACAACCGGACUGCGGAUGCAGACCUUCUACGGAAAUUUCUUCAACCGGUCUUCCGAUCUUUGCGCCUUCCCCGCCUUUCCUCGUGAUCAGGGAUACGUUGUCGAAGUGGCUAUCGACGAGCCCCUCGGAAAGCAAUUUGUCUGUAUGCAGACUGCGGUCUUGCAUACAACCUGCAAUGGAGAGCGUAGAAUUCGCGUUAUGACACUAGCCCUACCAACCACCCAGAAUCUUUCGGACGUUUAUGCGUCCGCUGAUCAAGUAGCCAUAACCAUGUAUUUUAGCCAUAAGGCUGUCGAGAAGACUCUGAGUAGUGGAUUGGAGCAAGCCAGAGAAGCGCUGCAAGCCAAAUUGAUUGAGCUAUUAAUCACGUUCAAAAAAGAGCUCACGAUCAGUCAUCUUGGGGCUGCUACACCCCUCUCGUUCGCCGCAAAUUUGAGGGGACUUGUAAUCCUGUUCUUGGGCUUGAUGAAACACGUAAGUAUCUCAUACAUUCUUUUGCCAAACCCCCCACUAACAAAUAUCACUAGGUCGGGCUCCGAAAAUCUGCUCAAAUCCCUACCGAUCUUCGCUCCGCUGCUCUUUGUCUUCUUUCAACUUUGCCGGCGCCUAUGUUGAUACAGUACAUCCACCCAAAGUUCUAUUCGCUCCAUGAUAUGCCUGAUAGUUGCGGGCUUCCCGACCCCACCACUGGUGAAAUCAUCCUCCCCCCUGCCAUGAGCCUUUCCUCAGAACGCCUCGCUCCUUUUGGAUGCUACCUGAUUGAUGAUACACAAGUCCAAUUCCUUUGGAUUGGACCACAAGCCGUUCCUCAGCUGGUGCAGGAUGUCUUUGGUCUGCCCGGUGUAGAACAUGUCAAAGUUGGAAAAACCACUCUCCCUCAUCUUGAAGGCCCUGGGUCAGAGUUCAAUGAACGUGUCAGGGCAGUUGUUGAAAAGAGCCGUGAUCACAAAUCGAAAAAGGUCGGCUCUAUCACUGUUCCUCACCUUUAUGUGGUGCGCGGAGACGGCGAGCCAUCUUUGAGACUCUGGGCCCAAACCAUGUUGAUCGAGGAUAGAACUGACCAAGGGGUUAGCUUGGGACAGUUCCUUGCCCAACUAAAAGAAAAGGUAUAUAAUUUCUCCUCUCUCUUCGCACAUCCAUACAAUCAGGUUACUAACCUCCCGGUAAUUUUUCAGGUCAACAACUCAUAAUCUUGAUGCAAAUAUUAUUAUUAUCGAAUAGACAUGGGUGGGUAAACGAAUGCAUGAAACAGCUUUGUUCCGAAAGUUUUUCCUUAUUUAUUCAUCUAUUUAUUAUUUAUUCCUCCCGUGUUUGGGGUCUGAAGAAAAAAAUGGCAGCGG